AUGCCGGGCGCGCGCGAGCCGACCCCGCCGCCGCCGCCCGCGGUCGAGCCGCUGUCGCCCGUGCUGCAGCCGACGGCGCCCACGCCCGCGAGCCAGCAGCCCCGCGGCCAGGGCGACGACACGGCGCCGCACCACACGCGCCGUGCCUCGUACGCCGCGCCCGCGCCCACCGCCCGCGCCCGCCCGCACGACGCACCGCACACGCUCGACGAGCGCCCGGCGAAGAGGGCCCGCUCCGAGUUCUACAGCGCCGCCUCGCCCACCUACGCCCGCCAGCACUCGCGCCCGGCCACGAGCCACAACCCGGGCUGGUCCCCCUACGUCGAGCACACGGCCGACGCGGGCAUGCGCGUGCACCCGGCCAACGGCGGCGCAGCGCCCAAGCAGGCGCACAAUCCAGACAAGCGGCUGUCGGACGCGCAGUUGCUGCUCGACUUCUUCCAGGUCUCUGCCCACACGGCCCAAACGCCGCCCUCGACAGCAAAGCGGUUGAGCACCACACACACCCCGCAGACCACACACAGUCUGCAGACCACACACAGUCCCCAAACCACACACAGUCCACAACCCACACACAGUCCACAACCCGCACACAGUCCACAACCCGCACACAAACCGCCCUCGCUUCCCGCCCAUGUUGCAUUGCCCGCACCGGCCAUCCAGACACGCACACCCCCAGCGGACACUGCACAACCUCGACCAAUGUCCGACACCGCCACUGCCACUGCCGAGCACGCGAAACCGAAAAAGCACCAGGGCUGGCCCAAGGGCAAACCUCGCGGCCCGCGCAACACCCCGACCAGCACCAAGAGGAAGAGGACCGCGCCCAGGUCCAAACCUGCAUCCUCUGCUAGUGCCAAAUCAACUGCUGACUCGCUCCACUCGCCCUCGGGCAAUGCCAUCCCCACGAGCGUGAGCGCGAACGCGUCUGCUUUUGCGUCUGCAUCUGCGUCUGCAUCUGCAUCUGCGUCUGCAUCUGCAUCUGCGUCGGCGUCUGCGUCGGCGUCUGCCAACCUCACCCCGCCCUACGACCACGCGCCUGGCCCACGCCGCCAUUCCUUCUCCAAUUCUUUUUUAGUGUUGCCGACUACUGAUGUGCCUUCUAACGCUGUGCGCGCUCAGUCUGUCCCGCUCCAGAUCCUCCUAGGCACAGCACCACCGCCCCCCGAACCCCGGCGCCGCGCCAAAGCCCACCCGCACCCCGAGCCCGAGCUCGUCUGCGCCUCGUGCAAGUCUUCGGACUCGGAGGUCAAGGUCGGCGAUGGCGAGCAGUGGAUCGGCUGCGAUGGCUGCAAAGAGUGGUACCACUACGCAUGCGCUGGCUUCAGCAGCGAGCGCGAGGUACGCGAUGUGAACAAGUUCUACUGCGAACCGUGUAGACCCAAGUUUGGUCAAACAACGAAGGUUCGCAAGUCUGUCAGAACCCACACCACCGUUGACUACGCCGGCCUGAACCAGGGCCUGUUGCGCACGUCCGACGACAACCCCGAGCACCACUACAUUGCCGCCUUCAAGGACGGCACCAUUGACUUCACCCCCGAGACGUUUGCGCGCAUGCCGCCCGAGCUGCUCUCGGCCGAUUUCUUGGAGAAGAGCAACGGCUUCCGCGAGCCCAUUCUCGUUCCCCGCCACCUCAACCCUCGACCUUGGCACGCAGCGGACUCCGUCGAGCAGUCCGUCGAGCCGUCCGUCGAGCCGUCCGUCGAGCAGUCCGUCGAGCCAGACGCACGCUUCGAAUACGAGACCAACGCCGACGACGGACAGGAUGAAUUGGGCAUGGUCAUACCGCAAGGGCUGACGGUCCGCCGCGUCGCCGAACUGUACGGCGCCAACGAGACGGUGCCCGUCAUCGACGUCAAAGCGCAGGAGGGCGAGGCCAAGAAGUGGACCAUGUCCAGGUGGGCAGACUACUACGAACAGCAAGGCGAGAAGCCCGUGCGUAACGUCAUUAGCCUGGAAGUCUCGCGCAGCCGGCUCGGGAAGCUCAUUAGGCGACCAAAGGUCGUGCGGGACAUGGACUUGCAAGACUCGGUCUGGCGAGAAGACGACAAGUUUGCACCUCCGCCCGUGCAGUUCUACUGCCUCAUGUCCGUGGCAGACUGCUUCACAGACUUUCACAUCGACUUUGGCGGCUCUUCCGUCUUCUACCACAUCGUCAGAGGGAAAAAGGUCUUCUUCUUCAUACCGCCGACGAAGCAGAACAUGAAAAAGUACGAAGACUGGUGCCUCUCGCCCAAUCAAGGACACGAUUGGCUCGGGAAGCAGGUCAAGGAAUGCUACCGCGUCGACCUCUACCCAGGAGACACGAUGCUGAUCCCCUCUGGUUGGAUCCACGCUGUCUGGACCCCUGAAGACAGCUUGGUCAUUGGCGGCAACUUCCUCACUCGCAUACACUAUGGCAUGCAGCUUCAGGUCCUCGAGGUCGAAAAGACCACCAAGGUCGCCCAGAUGUUCCGUUACCCUUUUUUCCAGAAGAUCAUGUGGUUGACCGUCAUCAAGUAUCUAGAGGAAGAUCCAGUCCCCCAGUCGGUGCAGGAGCUCCUGCAAAGCGGCGGGCAGUUCAGGCGCGAAACGCCCGUCUGGUGCGAGCCUGACAAGUUCGGCCACAACUCGCGCCUAGGUCCAGCCAACUACAAUCGGCGCUACUAUCCCAAGCACGAGCUCGAGGGUCUCACGGAUGUGCUAAACUACAUCCACCGAACCGUCAUGAUAUCGCUGGACAAGAUUGAAAUGCCGCAAAAGACACGCAACGCAGUGACCAGGUCCAUACCAAAGGGCCAUGGCGAGCCCGUCGUGCUGGAACGCCACUUCGCCAUGUGGAUCGCGUGGAAGCGUGGCAACGAAGCCAUUCCAGCCUGGGCUGUCUCGGACGCUCCUCUGCCUGCGCCAGUGGAAGUCGCAAAGAGAGCAAGUUUGCCUCCGGUCAGAAAGACGGAGCACGAAAGGAAGACGGAGCACGAAAGGAAGACGGCACACGAAAGGAAGACGGCACACGAAAGGAAGACGGAACACGAAAGAAAGACGGCACACGAAAGAAAGACGGAACACGAAAGAAGGAUCGAACACGAAAGAAAGGUAGUCGAGCCAGUCACGCCUUCCUCCGCUGCGCCCAUGACCGGCUUUCUGCGUCCGAGCGCAAACAACCCUCACAUCACGACCCCGAAGACGUCCCAGCUUGGGCCAAAGCGAGUUGCAUGCGACGCCUGCCGCAAGAGGCGCAUCAGGUGCAAACACAAGGACGAGCUUGUCGACUCGUCCAAGCCCGGCAUGCACACGAUCGACCUCUCUGGCUCUUACGGCAUAUCCGUCAAGCGUCGUCUCAGCGACCACUCCAUCGUCGACGGUCUUGCUGCAGCCGUGGCCGGCCCGGUCAACGGUGGUCCCAUCAUGGCCGACGUAAACGGCGAUCCUUAUGCACUCAAGUCUGGUCGCGUCAAGGCGUGUGCUGACUGUCGCAAGAGCAAGCGCCGCUGCGUGCACGAUGAGUACGGCAACGUCGAUCCUAUCAAGGCAAACGAGGUGCCCGUCCCGAGAGGCUCUGCUGCAAAACGCCGACGUGUCAGCGAAGAAGAUGCAGCUUCCAUGUCCAAGAGGAUGAAGCAGGAGCCUUCUGCGGACGACGGAGGGUUCAGCAACGGACACCAUCCGCGACACUCGCUGCCACACCAGUUCAACAUUGGUGGCUCCCUUCUCCAGGACAUUGCAUACUCGGCCCAGCAAGCUCUCAACCAGCAGCCGGGAGAGGAGCUCAUGCCCAUUGACCCAGCGCUCCAAGGCUAUGCUGCCGAGUAUGCGCCUGCCAGCAUGGCGCCCUCGUACCCACCAAACGGCGACAUGGUUGUGUCUUCUAUCGAGCAGCAGCACGGCAGUCACGGGCCGAUGGACCAUGUCCAGUACCCAGAGGCGAACGGUCAGCAGCAGGGACCCAGCAUCGAGCCGCUGACGCCCGGGCCGCCAGCGUAUCACGGUCCCGGGCCACGAGAGAAGGGCCAUGGUGGAAUGAACGGUUACAUGCCCUAUCCGCCAACGCAGCACGAUGCAGUCCACCGGUACUCGUCGCCGGUAUCGCCCCAGCACGUGCGCGCACCGUCACCCACAUCACCAACCACACACAACCACAACAUGUUCACCACGGGCUCCGACUUCAUACCCCCAGUCACCCCCACCGCUCACCACCGCACGGCACCUCCGUCGACUCACAAGUCAGGCCGGCGCGGCAGCCGGACGCCAAAGUCAACGCCCGGAGGUCGCCGCCGCGACAGCAAAGACAGCAUUAAGCUCGAGCAGGGCCUGACCAUGGCCAUGACGCUCGGCAUGGGCAUCAAUCUCGACCUGAUCGACCCGAACCUCGACCAAGCCAGCCGCGACCUCAUCAAGCAACUGCAGGCCGAAGAGCACGGGCUGCGGCGCCGCAGCCGCGGCGAGACGACGGCGGCGUCGCCCUCGCACCCGCCUGCGCACGUCACGCCCUCCCGCGCGCAGGCCGGUGUCUAG